AGUUUUUGGCGUGACUUCUCCGCGGCAUCUUCCGCCCGGUCAGGCUGAUGGAUUGGACUACUUAUACGGGCCCUGCCGCCCACCUUCCCCUCAAUUGACUGUCGUCCUAAGGUUAUCGGUCUGUUCUCACCAUGCGAUCCCCCACACAGCCCUCUAGCCUCGUUCUGGCCCUCCUGGCCACCAUUGUCAAUCCCGCCUCUGCGGAGAGGGUGCUGGGCGCCUAUAUCUUCGCCCGUCAUGGUGAUCGGACGCCCAAGGUGCUGGGGAGCACCGAGCUCACCGACCUGGGAUACAGCCAAGUCCACCAGACGGGUGUAUACUACCAUAACCGGUAUAUCGACGCCGACUCGGGGCACCACAUUGAGGGCAUGAACGACGGGGUCGUCAAGCUCAGUCAGAUCAGUGCCUCCGCGCCCUCCGACGACGUGCUGCAGAACUCGGCCACGGCCUUCCUGCAAGGCGUGUACCCCCCCGUGGGACCGUCAGCCAAGGAGACCCUAGCCAACAAGACCACCAUACAAGCGCCCCUAGACGGCUACCAACUGAUCCCGCUGUCGCUCACCACGACCGGCACCGACAGCGAGGACAACACCUGGCUACAGGACGCCACGGGGUGCCAGAACGCCAAGAUCAGCAGCAACAACUACUACACCUCGUCGCUGUACGAGGGGCUCCACGACUCCACCAAGUCCUUCUACGAAUCGCUGUCCGACAAACUAACCGGCGCCUUCUCCACGGACGAGAUCUCCUUCAAGAACGCCUACGCCAUCUUCGACUACCUCAACGUCGCAUCCAUCCACAACACAAGCAACACACCCACACGCUCGGAACUCCAACAACUCUCCCACCUCGCCAACACCGAGCAAUACAACCUCGCCUACAACACCUCAGACACCGUGCGCGCCAUCGCGGGCUCCCAACUCGCCGGCGAGAUGCUCAACGCCCUCACCAAGACCGUCACCGAUAAGGGCGCCAAAACCAAGCUCAACAUCCAGUUCGGCUCCUACGGCACCUUCCUCUCGUACUUCGGACUCGCGCAGCUCCCCAAAGCCAGCGCCGACUUCACCGGCAUCCCAGACUACGCCUCGUCGAUGGCCUGGGAGCUCGUGACGGACGCAAAGGGCGACUCGUUCCCCAGCACCUCGGACAUCAGCGUGCGCUUCGUCUUCCACAACGGCACCAUCAGCGGCGAUGCAUCGCCCUCCGAGUACGCACUCUAUGCGCAGUCGAGCGCUACCAUCCCGUGGGAGGAGUUCGUGUCCCAGACGAAGAAGAUCGCUGUCAUGUCGGAUAAGGAGUGGUGCGAGCAAUGCGGCGGGCAGUGCGAUAAGAGCGCAGGCUCCGACGGGGGUUCGUCUUCGGCGGGGGCGAGCUCCGCGGAUGAGGACGCCCAGAACGGUGUGACGCGCACUGUGGCGGGUGUCAUCGGAGCGAUGAUCACUUUGGCUGUGGUUUUGGGGCUGGAGGCGCUGUUUUUGCUGGUGGGUGGGUUCCGGAUUACGAAGAAGAGGACGGCUGCUGUGGUGGAGACUAUUGAGACUAAGGCGUAGUUUGGUCGAUGAGAUUACACAAAAUGGAUAUUAUAGGGUGGUGGAUGCAUGCAUGCACUGGCUUGCCUUGAUGAGCUUAUGACUGUAUCAUGCAGAUGCCUACUAGAGUAUCAUAACUAUAGAUGAUGAGAUGAGAAUAGCAACCCCAGGCUGUAUUCAGUCUGGCAGUCAUGACCAU